AUUGUCUCCUGUAAGAUGGAAAGUGUCUGAGCGGAGAAGGAAAAGGAUCGGAGUUCGGACCGGUUCGGUUCGGUGGAGCUCAGGGAAGAAGAAUCACGUUUGAAGAACAUACUGCACCGAACGAAACAUCCCUGCUGCUUUUACUGUUCGCACGUAAGGUGUUGGUAUCGGUACAGAACCAAAGACUCCUGUCAGUUUGCUUGACGAGUGUUUGUUCAAAUGGCCUCUACAGAAGCCCUCCAUCCUCAGAACCUCAACAGGAACCAGCCCAAGAGCAGUAGAAACACGAAGAAUGAUGUGUCCCUCGAAGCUGCUCCUGCUUCAAAGUCCUGCAAACUCCCUUCUGGUGGCCCGCUCUCCAAGCAGGGGGAUGAGAACCGGGACCCGAACGCCCAAGCAAGGAGCACGAAAGCGGUGGAAAGGGAAAGGCGCGCCGGAGUGAGCAGGCUGCCGGUGCCGGUGAAAUCCCAGCGGCUCGUAAACAAACCAGAUUUCUGCCGGACACAAAAGACGUUGGGAGAGUCCUCCAAGGUUAAUGUUCAGAAGAAAUCCCGUGCCAAGACAGUGCCCUUCAGCCUGUCGCAGACGGAGGCCUCCAAGACUGCUGGCUGUAACCAGAAGGAAACCCUGAUGUCCAUGAAGCUUGAGACAUUGCCUUCAGCACCUUUUCCUGCUAGGUGCCCUGGCAAGCUUCCAUCUUCGAAGCCGUUCCACUUGGCCCAGUGCCCCACGGCACCAAAGGCCUCUGAUCCUGCCAGCGUUGGCUCUUCCAUGCGUGUAGAGAGAGUAGUUUCGGAACCCACCUCAGAACCUUCAGAAUCAGCCCACAUGAUGACGCCUCGCCCAGCCCAUCAGUCAUCACAGGAAGUGCGAAGAGGUGAAGCUGGGCUAGUUCCCUCAACGCGCUUGAAACCCGCAGCCCCAUCUGGUGCUUCAUCAAGACAUAUUGCAGGGAGUGCAGAACCCUUCUGCCCUGACCCAUCAGCACUUCAUAGCAUUCUCCAUAACGAAGGAAUAAAGACUGGAGUGCCUGCUAACAUGCCUCAGAGAGUGUCUGUGUUGAGAAGUGAACAUGGAACUGGUGCCAAAGCAGGGAGUAUGCUACACUUUUCACCCGACGCCGUUGCACUGCUCAGCAUUCUACAGAAUAAGGGGAUCCGAACAGGGGAGGGACCUGCAGCCACACCGCACACCUCCGCCUGCCCCACAGUGCGAGGAAGCUCUGUCUACCUACCUCAGAGGGUUCUCGUGACCAAGAGCCGUGCCGGGCCGCUAGGGGUUCUCGCAGGUUCAGGCACAGAGUGCAGCCAGAGUCCAGCAAUGAGGUGGACGCCCCAGAGAGUUCCCAACACACGGCCCCAGUCUAUGAGGAGACUUCUGUCCUCUCAUCGAACACCCAUCUUCAGGAACACACCCAAAAUGAAGGGAGUUCAAGGCUGCAGCCAGGAGCUCGAGGCCCAUAAGGAGGAAAAUAUAGUUCAGAGAUUGUUUGAGGAUGCAGAGCAGGAGGAGGAACCCUCAUCAUCUCUGGGCCUCAGUGGGCAGCAAAGUGGAAAGGAGAUGCAGGACGAUGGACUGGCAGAGCAACAGGUUGUUCCCUCAGCUGUAUUAAUGACUGAUGGAGACAACAGAGGAAAGGACAGCCAACGCGCAAAGGUCCAACCCUUUGUCCAGGCAGCACACAGGGGGUCUGUCAUUGUCUUUGCCCAAACCAAAAAGGCCCUCAGCACACCCAGUGCUGAGGAAAGGCCUGGGGUUUCUCAGGCCGCAUUAGAACCGGCAACAUUAGAACCACGUACGUGGAAACAGGAGUCGGCGCAAGUGAUGGAGCAGCAGCAGCGAAACGGGCACUUUGUUCAGCCCUUCCCUUGGCAGUCCCUCCGUGCCACAGGUGCUGGUACUUCACGACCCACUCACCCAACGCGGCACCGUCUGCAGCCGCUAGGAGAACUCCUGCUGGACGAGGAGUGCGCCACGUACACGAGCCGCCAGCCGAGCUCAGCCGCACAGCUGCAUCGAUGUGGUAACCCUGUAGCCUCCACCUUGGAUUUCCGGGACUCAACUUGUUUUGUGCCAAUAGUGCUGCCUCCAUUGCUCCCUCUGAGCCCAUCGCCUUCUGACAGUGACACCACCGUCUCUGGUUUCAACCUCAUCAUAGGCACACUGGGGCAAGACUUGACUGUGGAAUAGCCAACCUGGUCAGGAUCUGUGGGUUUCUACAUAGUGGUGUGUGUGUGUGUGUGUG